CAGCAGGGAAGGUGAAGGGGCGGUUUGGGCGGGAGAUUGAGGACACCCGGAAGAACUUGCCGGCUCUUCCCUUUUGUGCCUCUUUCUCAGGUUGGUGAAGGACUACAGGGCCCAUCAUCCAGGGGAAGGCCCAGAGAUGGAUUGGAGGAGGCCAGAGUGAGCAUCUGAGCGUUUUGAUGGGGGAAGAUCCAGAAAAGCAAAUGGUGGAGAUUCUCCAACAACUUAAAGAUGGCUCCAGUUAACAUUAAAUAUGUUGUGUCUUUCACGUCUCAGGACCCCAAACAUCCCGUGGAGAACCUCUUGCUGGACGAGGGCAGCCUUCUUCGCCCUUGGCUCUGCUGCCCUCGGGACAGGAGCCGCCAGCUCAAAGCCGAGCUGCAGCUGGAGCAAGCCACGCGUAUUGGCUACGUGGAUGUGGGGAACUGUGGCUCAGCCUUCCUGCAGAUCGAUGUGGGGCGCUCCUCCUGGGCCCCGGGCCAGAGCUACCUCACCCUCCUGCCCUGCACGGCCCUGAUGACCCCGGCUGAGGCCAAAGGGGGCCAGAACUGCUCCGGGGUCCGAAUGUUCAAGGAAGGGGACUUCUUGGCUCCCGCUCAGGCUGAGAAGUGGGACAGGGUCCGCCUCACCUGCAGCCAGCCCUUCAACCGACAGGCCCAGUUUGGCCUCACCUUCAUCCGGAUCCGGACGCCGCUGGACGCAGAGGAGGCCCAUGCAGCACCGGCCUCCUCUCCUGGAAAGAGUCCUGCUGAGCUCCCAAGUAACCCAUGGCUUUCCAAUGCAGCCAUUUGCAGGACUUUCUUCCCAGAGGAGCAAGCGGUCUCCAAGGAGGAAGUGGCCCUGAGGAGCCGCCUGCAGCAGUUGGGCCCCUCUUCCGGCCCCGGAGGAAGCCCCUCGCCCUGCUUGAGCCGCCCAGCCAGGAUGGUACUCAAGGCGGCCUCUUCUUCUUCCUCCUCGGCCUCUCGCAAAAGAACCUUCCCGCUGCUGCCGGACUCCUCUCCCCUUGGGGCCAAGGGCGCAGAGGAGAAGAGGUCAAGCAACCUGGGAUUGUGGUCCAAGCAGGAAUCCUCUGGAAGAAGAGAUGGGAGGAAAACAAACCGAAGAAGAGGAUCGGGUGGCAGUAAUGUGGGAAGGCCCAGGAAUGUCUCUCAGAGGAAGGGAGGAGGAGCCCAAGACCAGAAGAGAAAUCAGCAGAAUGUGGAAGGAAGAGAAAAUGAAGAGGAGGAAGAGAGAAAGGGAGGAGUGAGCAGGCCGGAGGAUGGAGUGGUGGCCAUAGGCACCUGUCCCAUCUGCGCAGGUUGCUUCCCUGCCGAUGCCUUACCUGCGCAUGCCUCCAGGUGUGGAGAAGAAGAAGACCUCGCACCCAGUCCUUCCUCCUCCUCCUCUUCCUCAUCAUCAUGGGAAGAAGGCUGGGUCCAGUGCCCCAUCUGCCAGGUGCCUUUCUCUGCCUCGGAGAUCGAGACCCACGCCAGCGGAUGUGGGGAUCGGGGCAGUCCUUCGUGGCUGUGGGCAGAAUAGGAGGAGAGCACCUGCCCACUAAAACUCUCUCCAUUGGCUCCCAUUCGGCUGAGGGUCUGUGUCUUUGGACAGUGACUUACCUGGAUAAGGACCCUCAAGGAGAAGGACUUCCUCACAUAGGAAAGUCCACCUUUAAUUGCAACUACAUUUGGGAAAAGAAGAGCAGCCCUUGUCUGCCCCACAGAUUCUUUCCAUUCCUCCCACCCUUCCCCAUU